UUAUGUUGUGCCUGAGCACAUGGCUAAGGGAGAUUGGCACUCCAACAGACACUGGCAUCGCUUCGUCAGCAGGACCAGGAACCACGGUCCUUUGCCCAAUUCUUUUGGACCAUGGCUAGGGGCCUCGAAUAUGAUGAUGCAGCCCUGAAGGAGGCCUUCAACCUCACUCUGGAUGGCCCCUUACCGUGAUGGGAGAUGGAGCAACUGCAUGUUUUGAAUUUCUGGGACUUCUCUAAUUAUGUGCAUCACCGCAAGGACUGGCAGAUCCUUAACCCUCCUGAGGAUGUCAGCAGUGACCACCCUGCCCUCCUUCCCUCUUCGAGUCAAGUCCACGAUCAUCUUCUGACUCCCACUGAGAAACGAAGGGACAGAAGAAAGAGGGGGGCCCGAGUUGCUGCAUCUGCCAUUGAGUCCUCGGUGCCGGCUCCAGCCUCUGAGAGCAGUUCAAUGCCGGCUCCUGCCUCUGAAUCGGCUGAACCCACCGCAGUCACGCCUGAGUCAACCACGUCCUCUGAAGCAGUCAAGCUCAAGGUAGCUUCGAGAGAAGUUUCCCAGUCAUCCUCUGUUCCUGUGUCUGUCAAGUCUGUCCCAGUUAAGUCAAAGCCAGUCAUGUCCAGUCUUGAUACUCCUGUGUUUGUCAAUCCAAGUCACUCAAGAAGUGGGCAAUCCGACAACUUCCUGCCCCGGGAGGCGUAA